GCCAGGUCCGGUUCCAAGAAUACCGCACAAGAUUUUUUUUCCUUUUUUUACAAUAAAGUGAAUGAGGUUCUAGUGAGAGGUGUCACCGGGAAAAUCCGUUCCUUAGGGACACGACGUCGUGUUUGGCAAAUCCGCGAAAACAAACCGUAUCACGCAAUAUAUAAAGAACCAACUCAGUUCUGUAGUUUUGUUAUCUUACGCUACAAAAAGCUCCGAAUUCUCUCUUUGUUGUUUGCCGCGAAACCCUAGUGUCUUUACACAUUUUCCCCUUCUCUCGGCACCCAUGGAUAUUGAGGCCGAGAUCCGUGCAUUGCAGCUUGACUCUGCAGAAGAUAAUAAUGAUGUGGUCAAUCCUGAAGAUGCAAAACUGGAAAAAGUUGAAAAGGAAGAUGAGGUGGAGGUGGAGGUUGAGGUGGAAGGCAUGAAGGAUGAGGUUCAUGGAAGAUCUCAGCCAGGCCAGGCAGAGCCAAAAGUGAAAAACAAGGAAGUAGUUGCUUUGGAGGAUGCUGAAGCACAGGAAGAGAUGGAAGCAAAUAAGAAGCGCCACUUGAAUGUUGUGUUUAUUGGUCAUGUUGAUGCUGGUAAGUCUACAACUGGAGGCCAGAUACUCUUCCUCAGUGGUCAGGUCGAUGACCGUACAAUCCAUAAGUAUGAGAAAGAAGCGAAGGAUAAAAGUAGAGAAAGCUGGUAUAUGGCUUAUAUUAUGGACACGAAUGAAGAAGAGAGAGUUAAGGGUAAAACUGUUGAGGUUGGAAGAGCACACUUUGAGACUGAGACCACUAGAUUUACUAUUUUGGAUGCGCCAGGUCACAAAAGUUAUGUUCCUAAUAUGAUCAGUGGUGCAUCCCAAGCCGAUAUUGGUGUGUUGGUGAUUUCUGCUCGUAAAGGAGAAUUUGAAACCGGAUACGAGAGGGGUGGGCAAACGCGUGAACAUGUGCAGUUGGCAAAGACUUUGGGUGUUGCAAAGCUACUUGUAGUAGUUAAUAAGAUGGAUGACCCCACUGUCAACUGGUCUAAAGAAAGGUACGAUGAAAUUGAGUCAAAGAUGACACCUUUUCUGAAGUCUUCGGGUUAUAAUGUGAAGAAAGACGUUCAGUUCCUACCAAUAUCUGGUCUUCUUGGUUCAAACAUGAAAACAAGAGUAGAUAAGAGUAUAUGCUCUUGGUGGAAUGGUCCUUGCCUAUUUGAAGCCCUUGAUUGUAUUGAAGUUCCUCUUAGAGACCCCAAAGGUCCAUUUAGGAUGCCUAUAAUUGACAAAUUCAAAGACAUGGGUACUGUUGUUAUGGGAAAGGUAGAAUCUGGCAGUGUGUGUGAGGGUGAUUCCUUAUUAGUUAUGCCAAACAAGGCUCAAGUGAAAGUUGUAGCUGUAUAUUGUGAUGAAAGUAAGGUCAGGUGUGCAGGACCUGGUGAAAAUUUACGGGUUAGAUUAUCUGGGAUUGAAGAAGAGGACAUAUUGUCGGGUUUUGUCCUGUCAAGCGUUGUAAAACCAAUACCUGCUGUCACUGAAUUUACAGCCCAGCUGCAGAUUCUUGAGUUGCUUGAGAAUGCUAUUUUUACAGCUGGCUAUAAGGCUGUCUUGCAUGUUCAUUCCGUUGUUGAGGAAUGCGAGAUAGUUGAACUAUUACAGCAAAUUGAUCCAAAAACAAGGAAACCCAUGAAAAAGAAAGUUCUUUUUGUGAAGAAUGGUGCUGUUGUUGUAUGUCGUGUUCAGGUUAACAACUCAAUUUGUGUUGAGAAGUUCUCAGAUUUUCCUCAACUUGGGAGGUUCACUCUUCGUACAGAAGGAAAAACCAUUGCAGUGGGAAAAGUCACUGAUCUUCCUGUUGCUUAAAACAAUUUUGUUCUUAGAGGCGAGAAUAUAAAGGUACAAACUCGUAUACCUAAUCCAGUGGCAGCAGGACACCAUCUCCAGGAACCAUAUGAAUAGUUGCUUUAGAUAAUUGCAUUACAAAUAUGCUUUAUGUAAUAGUAUUUAUGGGAAGAUGAGAUGAUUAAUGAUGCUGCUCUGAUUGUACUUUGCGGGUAUUUAUACAUUUCAUAUGAGAUGGGUGUAUAGUAUAGUACAGUAUAGUAUAGUAUAGUAUAGUAUAGUAUAGUAAAGCUUAGUAUAGUAUGAUAUAUCAUAGCAUAGCAUAUAAAUAAAUAAAUGUAGUGUGAACUUGAUUCCUUGCA